UAAUGAAUUCGAUAAAACUAUCGGGCUAAUACAUUAAUGCGUGCGUGAUCUCCUCAAUUGAACGUGCAUCGGGGUCCGUAUUUUAUGUAGUGCUUGCGCUAGGAGCUUCAUUGUUCCUGUCAUCCAGCCGUCCAUUGGCGGCACCAAUUGGCACUCGCCCACCCGAAAGGAUACACACCAAUUAUCAGGAUUUGUGACUGGGAGACGCGUCCUUACUAGCAACGGAAUGAACAACGCGUUGCCACCCUUCGUUACGGCGAUAGACAUCAACGAAAUUGAACAUAUUGCUACAGUGGGCAAAGGCUCGUACGGGACAGUCAUUAAAGCAAAAUGGAGGAACAAAUACGUCGCAGUGAAGUACAUGGAGUUCAACACGGAACAAGCAUUUACGGCGGAAGUGAGCCAUCUGGCGCGUGUGGCACAUCCCAACAUAAUCGAACUGUACGGGGCUUGCACGGAAUCGCCACACGUGUGUCUGGUGAUGGAGUAUGCCGAAGGUGGAUCACUACACAAAGUGCUACACUUUAGGCCUCGGCCCGUGUAUACGGCGGCACAUGCAAUGAGCUGGGCACGGCAAUGCGCUGAGGGUGUAGCUUAUCUGCAUGACAUGACACCUCGACCCAUGAUUCACCGGGAUUUAAAGCCUCCGAACCUGCUGCUUGUCAACAGUGGGACCGUGCUGAAGAUAUGCGACUUCGGUACGGUCACAGACAAAUCGACGCUAAUGACGAACAACAAGGGCAGCGCUGCCUGGAUGGCACCGGAAGUGUUUGAAGGUAGGUCCUACACCGAAAAGUGCGACGUAUUUAGCUGGGGUAUCAUACUGUGGGAGGUGAUAGCGCGAGAGCAACCGUUCAAAGUUAUCAACGAACCGUUUGCGAUCAUGUGGCGCGUGCAUCAAGGCAGCAGACCACCCCUGAUCGAGGGCUGUCCGAAGCCGAUCGAGCAACUAAUGGUACAGUGCUGGGACAAGAAUCCCAUCAGUCGCCCAUCGAUGAAAGAGGUUGUAAGUGUGAUGAACGAACUGUGCAAGCUGUUCGUAGGCGAAAAUGAACCAAUCGGUACCGAGUUCCUGUCCGAAGAUAAGGACGACUCGUAUGUGAUGCCCUAUCCAACCGACAUAUCGGAAAGCAUGGACAAUGACAUCGAUACAAACAAUAGCCGCGGAACAAUUACCAACAAAACCACGGUACAGCGAAUACCGGAUAUGCCGAGACAUAGUCCACUGAGAAACUUGCCACCCAACGUACUGGAACCUCUUCACGUUGAAGUUAAUCCGUACGACCAACCGAUGGAACUUGGAAGCGGCGUACUGUACACCGCCAACAACCAGGGCACGGAAGGAUUGACCGUCACAAAAUGUACCAACGCUCCAAUGGAUAGUGUCAGCAGCAUAAAUAGUUCGAUCACAUUCAACAAUUCCACCGGGAUGCCAGCCCAUCAUCAGGAUCCUGGCAGAAACGAGACGAAGGCUACACCCGUGGACGUUGAGGACGAGGACGAUGUGGAGGAGCGGGGAGGAGGAGGCAUUGAGGGUAGAGGAGACCGUAGCAGCUCAAAGCAAAAUGAAGCAGCCCUGGGAGACACACUGUACAGUAUUUUAGAUCCAAACUUAAGACCAUUAACACCAGUCCCCAACAAUCCACUGUCGGAACAGAUACACAACGAGCAUAAGCUGAUGGUAAAAAAGUAUUUUGAGUAUGAAACGCAAAUAGUCACCGGUAUAGCGCAAAGGGAAAUGCUGCAGAACAAUAUGAUGCCGGAAGAGUUGCAGCUAAAGAAGGCUUACAUUAAGCGGCUCGAGGAACGAGAAGCGCUACAAAAAUUCAAAGCCAACCUACAGAAACAGCUGAAUGACAAGAAUCGGCAGCAGCAGGCGAGACACCAACAGGUACAGCCACCACCACCGCUGAACCGACAAGAAUCCGACUCCGAAUGGGUGAUAAUUCAACCGGCGGACAACAGACCAAAGACAGACAAUCAUAAUUGAUUCGAUUAGCCGUUAGCUGACUUUUUUAAGCGCUCUAGGAUUAAUAAACUUUGUGCAUAUA